CGCGCUUCGCGGGGAACCUCGCGCACCACGCGCCGUACCGCGCCGCCUCGGGCCGCCUAGCGCCGCCGACAACCCAUUCGCGAGUGAUUGUGCCCGUGUGUGUGUGUCUGUGAAGUUCGCGGGUGUAGUGGCUGUGAUACAUGCAGUGUGUGCACCGACGUCGACGGCCAAUAUGUAGGCCUCAACGCGGCUAGGAGGAAGAGGGACACGUCCGGACCGUGAGGAGGUCCAGCGGCUGGUCAAGUUCGAACAGGAUCGCUGGCAGGACCUGCGACGGUCGUCCGACGGCCAGGAUGCCGCCCAGGAGGCGGAGAGGGCGGCGCAGGCGCGGGGACACCACCAAGCCAACGGGGACCUUGACCGCGUGCAGGGCAUGUUCCCGCACGACACCCUGCACCUGUACGACGAGAACCCCCUGGCCAUGAAGAUCAAGGGGCUCAUGUCGCGGCGCAACAGCCCGGCCUCCAAGCUGUCGCGCGCCCUGUCCACCAAGUCCGUGCGCCCGGAGGACGGUGCGCCGGGCCCGCCGGGCCCGCAGGCACCCGGUGGCGGGGUCGUCCUCGGCGGCGUCGUGGCGCCGGCCUCCGCGGACGCGCUGGCCGCGCUGCCCAACGGCGACGCCACCAAGCUGUCCCCCAAGCUGCGACAGUUCAUCAUGGAGGCGCCGGCGCAGUUUACAACGGGGGUGCAGGGCCAGGAGCGCCACCUGUUCCUCUUCUCGGACGUGCUGCUGGUGGCCAAGCCGCGCAGCCCCGGCCACUUCAAGCUCAAGGACAAGGUGCGCGUGGCCAGCCUGUGGCUCACCGCCGACCCGCGCGCCCUGCAGGACGUCUGCGAGGUGGACAAGUCCACCGAGACCUCCUUCGUCCUGGGAUGGCCCACCACCAACGUGGUGGCCACGUUCAGCACGCAGGCGGCCCGGGAUCUGUGGUGGAGCAAGCUCAACGAAGUCGUCGCCUCCGAGACGGACCAUGAACCAAAGUCAACCAACAUCCAGGUCGUGUUCUACGACGUGGACACCAACAUCGAAUACUGCAAGACGCUGUGCGUGCGGCCCAGCGACACGGUGCAGCGCUGCAUCCAGCAGGCCCUGGAGCACCUCGAGAUGCAGUCCCUGGACGCGCAGCAGUUCCAGCUCUGGGCCAAGACCCCCGGCGACGACUCGCCGUACCCGCUGGUCGGCCACGAGCGCCCCUUCGCCAUCCGCAUGAGCUGCCUGCGCGACAACAUGAACCAGGAGGAGGGCUUCGACCUGGACCACUGCAACAACAUGUACGAGCCGCUCAACCCACGGCAGCGCUGCCAGUUCAUCCUCAGGAACAUCCGCCAGAUGGCCGAGCACGACAAGAAGAAGCCCAAGAGCCGCAAGAGUCCAAUGCGCCUGCGGCAGGUGUUCAAGCGCACCAAGAGCGAGGUGGCCGUGGACACGGCGGACUCGGCGGACCUGCCCUCCAAGAACAAGAAGGGCAAGUCGCUGAAGCAGCGGCGGAGCAACAGCAGCGGCCACGACGCGGACGCCGAGGAGCCGCCGCAGGGCGACCUGUUCGGCCAGCCGCUGCAGACGCUGUGGCGCGAGUCGCCCGCCGGCGCCGCCCCCGCCGGCCUCGUCGUGGACGACGUCGCCGGCGAGCUGGCCAAGCCCAUCAUGAGCCUGCUGGCCAACGUGUUCGCCCACGGCACCGCCACGCAGGGCAUCUUCCGGCGCUCCGCCAACCAGAGGAACGUGAAGGAGCUGCGCGCCGUGCUGGACGGCCCCGACGGCCCCGGGCUGUGGGGCGACGGCGACUACGACGCCACCACGGCCAUCAUCGAGAAGAGCAGCAUCCUGACGACGUCGUGCCUGCUCAAGGAGUUCCUGCGGUGCCUGCCUGUGCCGCUGCUGGUGCCGGACCUGUGCGCCGACUGGCUCGACGCCCACCACACCGCCGACACGCCGCAGCCCGGCAAGCCCACCAAGCUCCAGCGCUACGCCGCCGUCCUGGCGCUGCUGCCGCGCUGCCACCGCGGCCUCCUCGCCUACAUGCUGUGCCUGCUGCACCACGUGGCGGCCAACCAGGACCACAACCUCAUGUCCCCCAGCAACCUGGGCGUCGUGUUCGCGCCGGGUCUGCUGCGCGCGCCGGAGAACUCGCCCAAGGAGCUGGAGGCCGUGCUCACGGCCACCACCCCCGCUAUCGUGGCGUACCUCAUCAGCCACUGCCAGCAACUGUUCGGCCCCGCCGUCACCAGGCUGCUGGGCGAGCCGCCACCGCCGCAGGACAGCGGCGCCGAGGAGUCCGACAGUCUACACUCCGGCGGCCUGGACAGCCUGGAGCACCUGGAGCCGUGCCCGCCGCCGCGGAAGGACAAGAUGUCUCUGAGCAGGGACUCGGGGCUCACCAUGAGCGACUCGCAGCUCUUCACGCCCGACGAGGAGGAGAGCGGCUCCACCAGCUCCUCCGGGUCGGGGCGAGUGUCGGGCCGCGCGUCCAGGCCCAUGCGCUUCAAGGUGGCGACCACCACUCCACCGGCAGGAACCACCCCCGGCGCGCCGCCCGCGGCCGUGCCCGCGCCCUCGGGCUGCAGGCAGUACGUGCGCGUGUACGGCGGCUGGGAGGAGCGGCGCGCGGGCGGCCCGGGACUCUACUCCAUGUGCAGCAGCCCCCGCACCGCGCAGCUGCCCUCGGCCACGUCCACCAACACCGGCGGCAGCCCUAUGGCCAGCCCCAUGGCCAGCCCCUCGGCCACCUCGACCUGCCCGGCGGCGUCGCCCUUCAAGCGCGAGGACUGGUUCCGCCAGCGGUCCGCGCUGCGACGGCUGGCCAGCCCCAGCAGCCCCAGCCACAGCCCCAACUACAGCCCCAGCUACAGCCCCAGCAGCAGCCCCGGCCCCUCCACGUCGUCGGCGAGCCAAGUCAUCUACGGCAACCUGCAGGGCUGCCCCUCGGGGGCGGCCGUCGGCUCCAGAGGGGAGUCCACCGGCAGCGAGGGGCCGUCGUCCUGCUCCAGCGCCAGCACGGCGGCCACCACGUCGCUCAGGACCGCCACCCACCGGAGGCUGGACAGCGCUCGAAGAGAGCGACUGCGGCGAAGCGCUUCCGAAGAGUCGCUCCUGGAACGGAGAGCGCGGCCGCACCCUCCCAGCCUGCCGCAGAACCACCCCGGGCACGCCGCCAGGGAAGCCAACCACCCCCCGACGCGGCCACCCCAGCCCCCGCAGGCGGAGCGGCCGCUGCCUGCACUGCCCACCAUUCCUCACCGAUCGCUGGCGCCCCGAGACCACCGAGACGUGCCCCGAAUAUCGCGGUCCCGCAGCGCGUACCACCUCGCCUCCACGCCGGAGGCCGGCUCGGGCAGGUCGUCCUUCUCCUUCGCGCGGGUGUACCCGCUGGAGGCGCAGGCCGAGCUGGACGCGCUGUACGGCUACGCCUGCGUGCGGAGCUGCGGCGGCGGCAGCGCCACUGGCAGCCUGGGCGCCGUGGGCGCGGACAAGAGCGCGGACGACUCGUACGACUCCAGCACACUGUCGGACGACGACUCGACGCCCCACGUGUCGCGGUCCAACUCGCGCAGCAAGGAACCCUGGAGCCCCACCUCUACCGCCGGCGUCGCCGCCCCCGCCGCCCCCAGCGCGCCGCCGCCACCACUGCCCCCCAAGCUGCGGCACUUGCCCCCCGUCCACGUGGAGCUGGGCGCCACCAUGGAGAGGCGGGGCCGGUCGCGGAGGCGGCUGCCCAAGCCCGCCGCGCGCUCCAAGUCACUGCCGCCCCCCAGUCAGGCGCACCGGAACGGCGCCGACGGCAUGGCCGACGCCAUGGCCGCCCCCGCGAGCCCGCCGCCCUACCGGCCGCCGCCGUACCGCCCGCCGCCCAGUGUGGUGCCCAGUCACCGCGCCCCCAUCACCACCUACUACCUGGGCGCCCGCGCCAACCCCAACCCCAGCCCCAACCUGGGCUCAAGUCCCAAUGUCAGUGGGGCCUCGAACCCAUCGAACCCAUCCAACCCCAGCAUGGGCCCCAAGGGGUGCGCCAGUCCCAGCAUGGGCCCCAGCGAGGAGGGCGAGUCCUAUGUGUAAGUCUUACCAGUGCCAUGUCAUGCGCUACGCCAUUUAGUGCCCGAGUCACUUUGUGUUCUAAGCUCUGUACAAAAGUAGCAAGUGUUAGUACGAUUAUGAAUGUUGUUUUGUUCCAGUUACCAUUAGUAGAAAAGGGAUUCUUUUUAAAUUUUUUUAAAAAUUGUAAUUUGAUUUUGUUGCCUAAUUGCGCCAUGUUGUUGCUUGAUAGAUAAGUUGAGGUGGAAUCAAUACUCUCUCCGUUAAGUAGAGAUGUAUUGAUUCACUAGGGAAGUCCAGCUUUGUGAAGGCGAAUACUUCUUGAAUGAGAAUAUGACGUAGAUUGUCAAUGUUAUUAGAGAUUUAUUAAAAUAGCUGUCUGUAAAAUAUGUAUCGCAUCAUGAUUUAUGCUCCAUGUUGUAUUAGAUGUUUUAACUUUUAUUGUACUUAUAAUUUUUUUUGUUUUAAUGUAAAUAUAUAUCAAUGCCAGUGAAGCUCA